CGGUGAUGUCAUCUUUGCUUUAGCAUUCGAAACCAGUGCUAGAGUGGUUUUGUCAUUGAUACAUGUAUUGACAUCAGUUGCAGUUGAUUAAAUCUCUGAGACCCGACUGGGGUGACGUGGUCGUUCUUUGCAUUCUCGUCAACGAUCCCUCAUUUUUUCUUCAAAAUUGGGCUUACGUUGCGUUGACACUCACUGCGUGGUGGCAACCUUGCCACGGUGGACAGGAACAGCUGCUCUCCAGGAUAUAUCUUCCCAAUAAGAGAUUGUCCCAAGAAGAGACAUCUCCCUUGGCUUCCUCUUCGUAGGUCAUUUUUUAAUAAUCAAAAGAAGAACAAAGGAAACAAUGAAGAAAUUCGGUUUGGUCUCGCUCCUCUUUGUAGCAUGUGAGCACUGCCAUGUAGAUGCAUUUAGCAGCAAAAUCCAACCGACGGGUCGUCUCUACAGGGUGUCUACGGCUACAGCUACUGUGGUUCGGGCAUCGACAAUUCCUCAAGUGGAGGAAGGCACUGAACAGCAAACGUCACUCAAAGGCGACAACAAACUUCAACAAGAAGUUGCAUCUUCAGCUAAUAUUGUCACAACAGCAACAACAACCACUACUACAGAACCGCAAUCCACAUCUCCAUUGGACGGAUUGGCUGCAGUCCUCUUUGGUCAGAGUAGUAGUAGUGGAAGUCGUGAAUACCAGCGAGGAUUGAUUACUAUUGGGUUCAUUACCCUUUUGUUCUCCUCCAACUCACCCGUCUUGCACGCGGCAUUCACAUCAUCAUCGGGAAAUGCUCCACCCGUCUUGUUGCUCAAUGCGGGCGUCAGUGUUGUGGCAUUGGUCGGACUCUUGUUGGGAGGAGAAACGCUCGAAAACAACACCGAACUGCCAUCGAGUUUGUUGGAACAACAACAACAACUCAAAACGGGACAGGCGCCCCAAGAACAAUUCUUGGAACCUAGCGACAAUAAUAAUGGUCUUUCGUUCCUAAACAACAUGAUGGACGAGGACGACCAAAAAGUAUUGCAGGGAGGCUGUGAGUUGGGAUUGUGGAAGUUCCUGGGAACUACCGCCAACAUUUACGGCCUUUCACUGACGACGGCAGCCCAUGGGGCCUUUCUCAUUCAAUUGACCACUCUCAUUGUCCCCGUCGUCCAGGGGAUCAUGGGUGUCCCCAUUCCCAAACGAAUUCAGUUCUCCAUUGUAUUGGCAUUGGCGGGAGUCGUCUGCUUUACGCAAGAUCCGACUGGUACACCCUCCUUGGUGGGAGAUGUAUUGUGUGUCAUUGCCGCAGCAUUUUAUGCCACAUACGACUUGCGGCUCUUUUCCUGGGGAAAGCAAGUACCUGCACGAAAACUCAUUACCGGCAAAAUUGGAACACAGGCAUUCCUUUCCUUGGGGUUGCUCUUUACAGCGGGUAGCACCAGUGGCCUAUUGGGUGGUGGCGACUACUCGGAUUUGUCCGCCUGGCAAGAAACCGUUCAAUACGUAACAUCCGAUCCACAAUGGAAUGUCUUGCUUCCAGUGAUUUUGUGGAGUGGCGUAGUGGUCAAUGCCAUUGCUCCAUUCCUUCAAGUGGGUGGGCAGCAAGCUGUGGGACCGACGCGAUGUCAAACAAUCUACGCAUCGCAACCAUUGUGGGCAGCCAUUAUGAGUUUUGUCGUUUUUGGCGAAACCAUUGGCUGGCAAGGGUUGUUUGGUGGCACGGCCUUUUUGACGGCGCUCUUUUUGGCUGCUACAACCGAGGCACCAGAUCCGGAAUGUGGAAAGCAGCAGUGUGAAGUAUAACGAGUAUACAAACAUGCAACUGCAAGUGCAAUGGCUUACUUCUACUACUGAAAAUGCAAGGAUUCGAAUUGUGAAUAAAGAUAUUAUAGUGAACAUACUUUGUACGAACGAUGGGCCAUCUCAUGCAGAGGACGGGAAUUAAGACAUAUCAUGCGUUCUUGAGGAAACAAACAUAAUGAAACUUGAACAAACUCUUUUGUGCU